UUGGGGGGUGGGGGGGGAGUCUUAGCAAAGCAAAAGCACCACACACAAACCAUCCAACAUAAAUGCAUAAUGGAAGCUCCCCUCAACCCUUCACUUCAUUACUUGAGUUGGGGAUUGAUAAUCCUUCCAAGCCCUCCUUCUCCACCCUUCCUUAUCAUCAUGGCUACUACACAACCCUACCUUCAUGCAAGGAGGAAGAGGGUGUGAUGUUUCCUCUCCAUGCUUUCACCUUGCUAAGCUCCCUCCUCCUUACCAUCCACUUCUUCUCCUUCCUCCUCAUCAAGUUUUUCACCUUUCUCAAUCACAAAACCAUCUCCAAAGACAAUAGGGAUGUUCAAUUCAAGACUACUCAAGAUGUGGAAGAGUGCAUGUAUAAGACCGAUGAGAGCUCCGCGAAGGACGACUUGGCCGCUGCCGAUGGUGGCGGAGAAGAAGGGUUCUUCUUUUGGUACUUCGAGAACGCGUUCGAGGAUUCCAUACUUGGCAGGCAAGGAAAAGAUUCCAACAAGGAGAAUUCUCUAGAAGUGGAAGAUGAUGCCUUUGUUGUGGAAUCUUUCUACACAUCCCCACAAGAGGAUCUCGCCGAUGUGAAGCAUGGAACCAAGGACAAUAAUGAUCUUUUGACCAAUGUUUUAACUCCAUCGGAUUGCCCUAGCCCAAUUGUACCGACAUGCGAAAAUGUUGCUUGUGAAGCAAAUAAAGACACCAACAAGGAAGAGUCCUGCAAUAAUAGUGAUGAGACGAAGAUUUUUGGCGCCGAGGAAGCGAGAUAUCUUAUCAACAACCCUUCUAAGUUGGAUAGUAAGAAAUUUCGCUUCGACGAUGGCCAUGAAGAAAAGGAGAACUGCGGGGGAUCACUCACAGGUGAAUCUACUUCCAAGAGUUCCAUGGAAUGGAGAAGCUCAACAAUAAUGAAGGAUUCGGAGACCGAAUACCCAUUCUCCUCUUCCUCGAGGAGGAGCUCCUCCAAUUGGGAAUCUUACACACUCUUUCGGAAGUAUGACGAGGAAAUGAUCUACUUUGGCCGAAUAAGUGCACAGAAGCUCACAGAAACAGAAUCAUUUAGGUCCCUUAGGUACCAACCGAGAUCGAUCUCGCGGAGAAUUGUGCACAAAUUGACCACAAAACAUAAAAAUUUUACAAUGGGAGGUAGGAAUCCAUAUCAAGAAUUGGAGAAUGCUUAUGUGGCUCAAAUAUGCCUGACAUGGGAGGCACUUAACUGGAACUACAACUAUUUUCGACGUAAAAAUGCCGAUAAAGAGAUGGCUUCCUCCUGCUGCCCUGCAAGAGUAGCUCAAGAAUUCCAGCAGUUUCAGGUGCUACUGCAGAGAUUCAUAGAGAAUGAGCCAUAUGAACUUGGUCGAAGGCCCGAAAUUUUCGCUAGAGUUAGAUUUUCUUCUCCAAGAUUGCUUCUAGUACCAGAAUUUAGAGAAAUGGAUGAAGAAGGCAAGGAAGGUACGGUAUCAUACGCAGAAUUUUUGACGAUACUUGAAGGUGCGAUCCGAACAUUCAUGGAUUUCCUCAAGGCUGAUAAGCAAAACCACUGCGAAAAGCUUAAGGCCUUCAUCCGAAAGAAAUCGAGCUCAAUUGAUCGAACUCUACUCAAUUUGCUCAAGAAAACUAACAAGAAAAAGAAGAUAAGGCUAAAAGAUCUCACGAAGCGUCGAAGAUGCAUAAAGAGGAGAAGGAUAAAGGAGGAAGAGGAGAUAGAGACACUAAUGGGCCUAAUAGACAUGAAGGUUGUGUCAAGGGUUCUAAGAAUGGCUGAGAUCACUGAGGAACAGUUGCAUUGGUGUGAGGAGAAGAUGACCAAAGUGAGGAUUUGGAAUGGGAAAACCCAAAGAGACCCCUCCCCACUUUUUUUCCCUGGUGUUGUAUAAUCUACUUUAGUUUUUAUGUUGCUUGAUGACUAGAUAAAGUGGUUUGACAUGUGAAUAUACUGUAAAGACAUAGAGGAAAAAUAAGAGACAAACCUUUAAACA